UAUUUAGCGCGAAGAUUCAAAGCUAGAGUUUUAAUAUUUUGGUGGAAAAAACUAUAAUAUAUAAUCUUUAAAAAUAUUUGAAGAUUUUUAUUUCUUUGUAAUGAAUUAUAUGACGAGAAAGUCCUGAAGGAAUCUGGCAGCGAAAUGUUCCGAUCUCCGUGCACAAUUUGCACUGAUCUAUUGACUUGUGAUAACUUGGCUGCUUGCCCCUGUAUCCUUUUAUUUAUAGUUUAUAAUCAAAGUCUUUUAACAUGAAUAACGAGGAUUUUUAGUACGAAUUCGAAGUUGAUUUGAGUUUGGUGUAUUAAAGACAUGUAGUGGGUGUAUUAAAGACAUGUUUAAUAAACUCAUGACAGUAAUGUGAGAGUUGUAAAUGUAAGUUUUUUAAUAUAAAACAGAAUAAUACCUUGGUGCUUGGAAAUACCAGAUUUUUUUCUGGUGUUGAACAUGAUAUCUCAUUGGUUCGCUGCGCUCACUGGUGAGAUAUCAUGUUCAACACUCGAAAUUAUAAAUCUGGUAUUUCCGUGCACCCAUGUAUUAUUCUCUAUUUAUUAUAUAAAUUAGUACCAGUAUAGUGCUUUAUAAAGAUUUCAAGCCCUGAUAAUCUAACUGACAAUCUCACCUGCAGGGCUGCAAGUUACUGUCGGACAUCGGACAAUGUCUGACUAAAUUUGCCAAAUAAACAGGUGCACAGAAAUACCAGAUUUAUUUCUCGUGUUUCAUCAUGUUCAACACUCUGGUAUUUCCGCGCACCCAUGUUCUAUUCUCUAUUUAAAAGUGGCAAACAAUGCACCCUACUUUGUUGUUUUACAAUGAAAAUUGGCCACUAAGUUACCAAAAACUACUGUAACAAUUGAUUCAACAUUUUCGAGUUCUGAGAUAAAGCAAAGGCUCUCAGCUUCAAGUCCCUGAACACAUUACAGGACCAAUCAGCACAUCUUUUUAACCAAUUACCAGAAGAAAUUAGGAACUGCAGAGACUACAGAGUAUUCUACAAUGAGACCAAGAAUUUCUUAGUCUUGAAAGCAAUUACUGGUCAAGACUUGGAUAAUCUUAGAAAGAAAUAUUUAAAUGUAUAUAGUUUCGUACAGUUUUGUUCUAACUUAGUUAAUUCAUAAUUUUGUAAAUAAUAUUUUGUCCUGUCGAACGUGCAUUAUAUAUUCAAAGUUAUAUUGCAGUAAUAUUCGUAAAAUAGUUUAUAGACUUUAUGAAUACUUUAUAAUUUAUAUAAUUUGGUAAGCGAAGAGUCACUCUGUGAAUACUGUAUAUUACCAAUAAAUCAUUAUUAUUAUUAUUAUUACUUUGUCUAAUGCCAGAGUCCAAGGGAGAGUGCAUGUUGGCACUCAAUGGGGUUAAACAAAAUAUUUUUCUUUAACUUACUUGAUUCAUCAGGUGGCCAUGUAUAUCAUAACAAUUGGUAAGUAUUCUUACAUGUAAUAAUUAAGGCUGAUAAUUCCACAUACAUGACAAGAGCAAAUUUACUCAAUUUUUUGAGUAAGUUCCAAGUAAGACCAAGUUUACUGAUAAUGUUACAAUUUUCCUCAGUAUAUAGUCAUCACAAUUAGUAUUAAAGAUUUACUAAAAAAUGAUCAAAUUUGUUCGUAAAUUUGAGCAAUUUUACUAAUUAAUAUUUUUAGCCAUUUUGGGUGCAUUAACGUUUUUGAGCCAAUGAAAUUUUUUGGUAGUGUAUAUUGAUUUAUUAGUAUAUUGUCUGGAUCCUGAUGGAAGCACUUUUUUAUCAGUCUAGAGACUUGGUAUCAACGUAGUCGUACAUGUCCUACGUGUCGUAAGUCUUGUCCGACAAGCAUCAAGCUUUACUUCAGUGACGUACAAGAGAGUGCUUCCCAAGAAGAUGUACAUACUGUUAAAGUAAGUACUAACCCAUCAAGCCCCAGUGCUGGGUCUUAACUAGAAGGCAUUGUCGGUCAUGUUACAGUAACUGCAACAACUAGAAAACCACAGCAAAAUGAAAUGAACAUGGCUUUGUUUUAUUUUAUCUAGAAUGAGCUUCGAAAACAAACUGCGUUGAGUCUUGAAAAAGGUGAAUUUUUAAUACUCUGUAUUCUUUGUCAUUCCGCUGCCACCCAAUUCGACAUUCUUAAGUUGAUGACAAGACCAGUAGUGAAAACUUUGUGAAUUUUUUUUGGGGGGAAGGCGAGUGCCAAAGGCACAAGAUUUGUAGCGGGGUCAGACAAUUUUUAAAAUAUGGAUCCCUGAAAUGGCAUUUGCAUCCCUGAAAUGGCAUUUGCAGCAUUCGAUCUGUGGAUACAUUUUGUAAGAAAUUCCAGGUUUUCAAAACAUUAAGUUAGUGGUGCAUUUUGGUAUAAAUCAUGUGGUAACUUGAUACUUACGUACUGCAACCUGAACUUGCAGUACAUAAUAAAUAUUUAAACCAGAGAAGUGGUCAGAACACCUGAAGUGAAAAUUCCUACCUAUAGAAUAGAUACUGUAUAAUCCGUAGUAAUUUUUUUUGGGGGGGGGGCUGCCCCCCCCCCCCCUAGUUUCCGCCAUUGGACGAGAUUGGGACCCAAUGCUAAAUAGUAACCAAAUUGAGUUCCACACCAUAAUCGUCCACUCUCUUGGCACGUUUAUCUUCGAUCGCUACUAUUACCAAAUGAGUUGCGCAUUCCUCCUCUUGUGCUCGCUGUUGCCGGCAAAUCUCUAUAAUACACGCGUAAAAGUUGAGAAAAUCAACAACUUGUUCCAGGUUGAUAUCAACAGGCGUGAACAAGGUUGUGCAUUGUGCAACUGUAACAACUUGGAACAACAUGGUUGACAACUUGUUCAUAGUUGGCCAUACAACAUCGUUCACGCCUGUCAAUAUCAACUUGGAACAACCUGUGUGUUUUUAGCCGUGUAGUAAGCGGACACCUCUGUUAAGUGGAUACAUCGGUAAGAUCCAGUAGAAGGACUGUCUUCUUAAUAGCGUUUGACUGUAUACUUUACGAGUGAAUUGGGUCUAGCAAUAUGCGUAAACACUAAACACACGUUUGUCGACUGAGCCAUCAAUGACGUUUAAAUAUUUUCCAAAUGUAGAUGCUCAGAUUAAAGUUCUCCAUGAAAAAGUCAAUGAAAUGAGUAGCAGGACAGAAGAACAGCUGUGUCUAGUAAGGAAGGCGCAGGAGUUAGCUGAAAACGAAAAGUUGAUACAGGAAUCGCUUAAGGUUCGUUCUUGGUUGAGAACUUUUGGUUAAGGGUAUAGUGGGUAGAGACGUAGAGUUGUGUAGACUCGAGUCAUGUGAUGUCUUGGACUUGAGCCGCAAUCUUUGUGACUUGCCUUGUCUGAGUAACACGGCUUUUGACUUGAUCUGAACUCGAACAAAAUUACUUGUGACUAAUUCACUUGGACUGGCAAGAAAUGACUUGUUACCAACGAAAGUCAAAACUAAAGUGUCGUAUGAAUAUCUGGGUAAAAUUAACUUUUCUAUAAUUACUGUACCCCCGUCCUCCGUUCAUCCACCAUUUUGGGGGUACUGCCUCUCCCAAUUAAGCCUGAGACAAGGCCGGAUUUUGGUGGAAAUAGUGCGGAGGUGGAAAAAAAUUAGGGGAGGUGCAACAGUUUAGCUCACGAUCCCUAUGGAAAGUUAGUGCUUAGAAAGGGCCAAAGACAACAACGUGACCUGUGCAUGUAAUGUGCAUACUGUAUGUAUCAGUGUUUCUAUGAAUUAUAACAGUACUUUCAUUACAAUUGCUACAAAGUUUCCGUUUUCAAACAUUGCAUUAAAAGGGUACUUGACACAGAGAUGAAUGGCAUCACUGUUUCAGUUUUACCGAAAAAAUGUCUUACGAAGUGUAGACCCUAGGGAACCAAAAAUGUCAAAUGUUCACUUUGAUCUAUCAUUGAAACUUUCCCAAGGAGAGGUGCAUAACGACUGCAACUAAAGCCCAUACGACGAGCAAGUUGUCCUUGACAACUUUUAUUUUCUCGUCUAUAAGGAAAAAAUUUUAACCAGACUGUUAAUUUAGAAUGUACUGAUUUCUUUGGUAGAAACAAGUUCAGUUCUUGACGGACAAAACAAAACACAUCAAAAUGCUGGAGAAAAAAGUUGUAUCCUUGAAAACCAACGUUGAGCGAUUGGAAAGGUAUUUGUUUGGUGGUUAUAUUUAUAAUUUUGCCUCAAUCAAACGCAUACUGUAUAUAAAUUGCUUCCAAUUUGAACCAACUAAACAGAUAUUUGGUCAUGAAUUGGUAAUAGUUUCAGGGCUCGAAAUGGUGGACUGCCAAUCGCCAAAAGCAGGCCAUAUCUUGGAAAUGCGUGCCAACUAAAAAAACUGCCAAGUAAAAAAAAAAUGGCAGGUGAAAUUCUAUAUAUAUACUGUAUUUAAAUUCAUUUGCUUACCACAACUCAAUACUAGAUCAUUUAGUUCACUAAAUACGUUUAUGUUUGAAAUGUAAAUCCAAGUUUACUGUAGUAAGUUUAAAUAUAAUAAAAAUGCAUACGUGUAUCAUGAAAACAUUGAUUUUUACAAUGUCACUCAUAUGAGACAUCGCCAUUUUGUUCAAUGAAUAAAAAUGGCAGGCUAAAAUUUAUUUCACCUGCCAAAAUUUUUAGACUGGCAGGCCAUAUUUUUUCUCUACUUUGAGCCAUGAAUAGUUUCCUCAUGGUGUUGUAGACAAUUAGAGAGAAUAAUUGAGAACUGAUUGAGCUAUCCAAUAUAAAUAAUUUUUUAGUUUAAUUUAGUUUUGUUCAGUUACCUCAUGUUUGUAUGUGUGUGUGUUACAAAAUAUCAAACGUAUUGAUACCAAAAUAUGUGGGACUAAUAAACAAUUAUUGAAUGAGGUCGAGUAGGAUCAGUUAGGAUAUGAGGAAUUAUUAAGGCAGAGGUUUGUGUUCGGCUUCGGCAGAUAACACAAACCGAGUUACUCAUAUCCUGCGAGAACCAAAUUCAAUAAUUGUUUUAUUAUUUAUUUGUCGGAAUACACAAGAAAGGUCGGCGAAGCUUUCCUUUGAGGAAGCCAUUUGUAUUUUCCCGCUUUUGGGUUGGCAUAAGCUGCAUAAAUUAACGUGACGUCAUAGCGUGUUACAUCAAUGGUUUUUUUCAAUAUACCUCGAAAUUGCGUCAAACGUGGUAUAUUUGUUUUCAAUAUUUCACGGUGAUGUCAUAACUCCAAAUGUGGGCAUGCAGCUACCGAGCCGGAUAUGACGUUUCACCGACGGCUCUUAGCCAAUCAAAAUUCAUGAAUUAUUUUGAAUAACUAAUAAUGGACAUUAUCCAAGGACAAAAAUUGAUCAGUUAAAUUGGGAUGAAAAUCGGAUAAUUUAUGCAUGGUAUACUUGACAUAAUUUGCUGCCGGAGGUAUAUACAGUUUUUGAGUGCCCUCUUAUACAGUAGGUUUGGUUUAGUUUAAUUUAGUUUAGUUUAGAAAUACUUUAAUAUAUUUUUCUAAGCUUGUUAUGAUAUCGUAUUUGUUUAGAUUUGAGACCAUGUUACUUGGUACUCACGAUGAGGCGGAAGAUAUGCUGAGAAACAUCGGCACUGGUUCUAAAACAGUCAAUGAACUAGCCUCACAACUCAUCAUUAUGAAAAGGUACUGGACAUAGAUGUCUUUUCCAUCCAGGGGCGGCAAUGAUAUUUAUAUUCAAGAAGUUACUACACAUGUAAUCUCAAAUUGUGUUUACAAUAAUGUUACUCUUUUUUUUGUAGAGAGAACGGGAAAAUGCGAGAUGCCAAGAAAAAAUCAAGCGCGGAAAAAGCCCAACUAGAGAGAGAUUAUAAUUCUUUGAAUCAUAAAGUGAGUAAAUAUUUCUUAAUUUGGCCGAAUUCAAUAUUUGUU